AUGUUUUCAAAUUUUGGUUCAAUAAAUUCUUCAAACAAUAAUUCAAAUAACGACUCCGAGAAUCAUGAAAGCGUUUCACAUGAUGCGCCUUCAUCUUCAAACCAAUUUCUCUUAAACAACAUUCGAUUUGGUAUGCCGGUAUGCAUUUUAAGAGCUCCAGAAGUUUCGAACCUUCCCCCUGAAAAAACUGACGAGAACUUAUCAGAGCAACAAUCACCUUUACCAUCAAAAUCUGAUCAACCCGUUGGAGGAAGAUUUUGUGAUAAAUUUCCGCUUCACGUCAUAUCGGUUGAGGAUAAUAAUUUAUAUACGAAUAGGGUCUCAUAUAAUACACAACAAAAUGCGUAUUAUGAGAAUGGUAUUUUAUCGAACAAAUAUAUCAAUGGAUGGAAUAAUGGAACCUUUCGAUGGGAUAAUAUUGAAUUAAAAAGAGAAUAUGAUUGGUUACAAACUUAUUUAGCAAGAAAUCCUUCUGAAUCUAAAAUGAAUGAUGACGGUGAGAUCUCUUGGAAAUUUGAUUAUCGUAUGGGAGGUUUCGUAAUUAAUUCUCUUCAUAUCAGAUUAUCAUUUGGUACUUUUGAUAAUUCCGCUCGCGUUAACUGGUUCAUCACGCCUUUACCUACGACGAAAAAUCCGUGCCCAAAUUGGCAACAAAUUCCAUUUGAUCCAUACACGGAACCUAGGCAUUAUGUAAAUGAAGUCAGGGACUUUACUCGAUACGUUAAAGAUGAAUAUGGUUUUAUACUAAGAGCCCAUUUAAGUGGUGGUGAUAAAACUUAUGUUAUAUGGCAAAAAACUCAAUUAUUUAGACAAGAUUUUAUUACUGGCAUGACCUUGGACCCUGAUAUCAUUGUUGAUCCUUUACCAGAAUUAGAACCUACGAGUGAGAAGAGGUCAUUCGUUUUGAAUGAUGAGGCAACAAGUGAUUUCGUUAUCCAUUUGGAAGUCCCAACUAGUGAUGAACAAAAGUCUGCGAGUUCCGACGUUUCAAAUGUGGAUGUUAAGGAUUUUCACAUACAUUCCAAAAUAUUAUCCGCCAGAUCGGAUUAUUUCAAUGCCUUAUUGGCAUCAAACAUGAUUGAAUCACAAAAUAAGUCCCUUAAAUUAGCUUACAUUUCUCACGAAUCAUUGGAAAGGAUCCUUAAUUAUCUUUAUACGGGUACCAUUCCAGACAUCCAAACUUUUGAUGAAUGGACAGCGUUGUUACACGGUGCUUCUAGAUUCCUUAUACCUGCUUUAAUUCAAAGGUGUGAAAAGGCUCUUAAAGGGUACGUAAAUCAUGAUAACUUGAGAGAGGUUGAAGAUAUCGCUAAAAAUUGUGGUGCUGAACAAUUAGUACAAUAUUGUAAAAUGUUUGAACCAAGGAAUAAUUAG